GCCUCUCGAGUCGCAGCAUAGUGAUUGGAUAAGACCUGUGAUCAUAUAGCCGCUCAUGUACCCGUAUAUGCAAGUAGCAGGGCAUUUUUGACUGUAUGAGCUGGCUUGUUUGCUAAACAAGGCUUUUUCACUCAGCCUUGCCGUCGCCCAUCAUUUGACCUUCCCCCCAAAUUCCCCCCAAAUUCAACUCCCCCAAAUUCAACUCAGUCAACACAUUCAACACAUUCAACACAUUCAACACAUUCAACACAUUCAACCAUUUAUUACAUACUUGAUAUUCACUAUGUCUGAUCCUUUCUCCGUCGCAAGCAGUGCAGUCGGGAUUAUUUCCCUAGGCCUGGCUGUCUGCGGCGAAAUCGUGGCCUACGGACGGGCAUUUCGGGACUACGGCGAGGAGGUGCGGAACAUGGUGUCCAAAGCCGAGUCUCUAUGUCAUCCCCUCAAGUCCCUCCGAGAAAUGAUAGAAAACAACCAGAUCCACCAACCCGACGUGGCGAUCAAUAUUUCCGAAAGGAUCCUGGACAUCGAGGGAGCUGUCAAGCGACUGCAGGACAAGCUCAAGCGAUACGGACCAAAGCAUGACGCCAAAGGGGUUUCUGACAAGGGAAAAACCACCUUAAGAGGGUUGUGUAUCAUUUUCGGAAGGAUGCAUUGCAAGAGAUGACGGCAGAU